AAAAACGUAUAUCCUCAUAAGUAAAGUUACGUUCUCGACAAUUUUUAAAUAUAUUACUUCAAUUAUGGCUUGCCUUUUGCGAUAUUUGCAGCAUCCGGCCUUUGCUUUAAAGCAUUCAUUUCUUCCAACACCACAACAUGGAAGAUUUUUCAGUGUGCCAAAGUUUAAUAAGCAAUUUUUGUUCAGACACUUCUCCGCGUCGGCGGAUGCCAACGAUCAUGAUGAAAGAAAGGGACCCGGCUCAGAUUAUUCACCUCCGAAAAAAUGCGAAGAUGAGCAGGAUGAAGAAAAAGCUAGGCCAUUAUCUGCAGGCUGUGGAGGUUUUGGAGAAGUAGAGCAGGAUAAAGCAGAUUCCAAAAGAACAGCAUGUCAAGAUGUAACAGCCGAACAACUGAAAACUGGAAAAGGCAAAAUAUCUAAACAAGAAGAUAAAAUACGACCUAAGGCACCAGUGGUUGGAAAAAUUUCUGCUAUUAUUGGGCCCAUAGUAGAUGUGAUUUUUGAUGAUAACGUUCCCGAAGUUAUGAAUGCAAUGAUUGUACCAGAUUAUCCAGGCGGAAAACUGGUUUUGGAGGUAUUUCAUCAUCUUGGUGGCGGUGUCGUGCGUUCCGUGGCAAUGGACAGUACGGAAGGACUGCGUCGUGGCCAAAGGGUACUUGAUACUGGUUAUCCAAUCAGAGUGCCCGUGGGAAAAGAAUGCUUGGGUCGCGUCAUGAAUGUUGUUGGCGAUCCAAUUGAUGAGCGUGGUCCAAUUCAGUCUAAUUUCAAUUCAUUCAUACAUGCAGACCCCCCGGAGAUGGUAGAUUUAACCGUGAGCCCAACAUUACUAGAAACCGGCAUAAAGGUCAUUGAUCUGUUGGCUCCAUAUGUAAAGGGUGGGAAAAUUGGCCUUUUCGGAGGUGCCGGUGUAGGUAAGACAGUCCUCAUUAUGGAGUUAAUCAAUAAUGUGGCUAAAAAACAUGGAGGCUAUUCAGUAUUUGUUGGCGCUGGUGAGCGUACUCGAGAAGGUAAUGAUCUCUAUAUGGAAAUGAUUGAGUCCAAAGUCAUUUCUAUCGAAGAUGACAGUUCGAAAGUAGUCUUGGUAUAUGGGCAAAUGAAUGAACCACCUGGGGCACGGUCGCGUGUUGUAUUAACUGGUCUUACAAUAGCAGAGUACUUCCGUGACAUAGAUGGACAAGAUGUGUUGCUAUUCAUUGAUAAUAUCUUCCGUUUUACACAGGCGGGUGCUGAAAUUUCGGCACUACUGGGACGUAUACCAUCUGCUGUUGGGUAUCAACCUACUUUAGGUACAGAUAUGGGUACAAUGCAGGAGCGAAUCACUAGCACCAAAAAUGGUUCCAUAACAUCCGUUCAAGCUGUUUAUGUGCCUGCUGAUGAUCUCACUGACCCAGCACCCGCUGCUACCUUCGCACAUUUGGAUGCCACCACAGUAUUGUCGCGUGCUACUGCUGAGUUAGGAAUUUAUCCGGCGGUGGAUCCCUUGGAUUCAACAUCACGUAUAAUGGAUCCAACCAUUGUGGGUGAAGAACACUAUAAUGUAGCUAGGGGCGUACAAAAGACGCUACAAUCGUAUAAAUCACUGCAGGAUAUAAUUGCUAUUCUUGGAAUGGACGAGCUCUCCGAAGAUGACAAAUUGAUUGUGGCACGCGCUCGUAAGAUUCAACGUUUCCUCUCACAACCUUUUCAAGUGGCGGAAGUAUUUACUGGACAUCCUGGAAAAUUGGUAUCCGUUGACAAGACUGUGGGGGGUUUCAAACGCCUUCUUGACGGAGAAAUGGAUGACUUGCCGGAGAUUGCCUUUUAUAUGGUCGGUGAUAUAAAUGAUGCUAUCGAAAAGGCCAGAAAUUUGGCAAUAGCAAUGUCCGUGGAAAAAUAAAAAUAUGUUUUUGUUUAUUUUUAUUCUUCAAUGCACAACAGUCUGUAUAUGUACAUGU